AUGACUGACUUUGCCGUGGCCACCGCUGAUAACGCCUUGAUGCAGAAACUUUCAGGUCGACAACUUUUUGACAAGAUAGGUCGCCCUACCAGGAUUGUUGCACCUAUGGUAGACCAAUCUGAAUUAGCAUGGCGUAUUCUGUCGAGGAGAUAUGGCGCCACUUUGGCGUACACUCCCAUGUUACAUGCGAAACUGUUUGCUACCUCAAAGAAAUAUAGAGAAGACAACUGGUCUCCCUUAGAUGGUUCUGAUGGGGAUAGGCCCUUGGUUGUGCAGUUCUGUGCUAAUGAUCCGGUGCAUCUGUUGGCCGCAGCCAAACUAGUGGAGGAUAAAUGUGACGCUGUAGAUUUAAAUUUGGGCUGUCCUCAGGGCAUAGCUAAGAAGGGACACUAUGGGUCAUUCCUGAUGGAAGAAUGGGAUCUGAUACACAAUUUAAUCAGCACCUUGCAUAAGAACUUGAAGGUCGCAGUCACGGCCAAAAUACGUAUAUUCGAUGACCGUGAGAAGAGUCUGGAUUAUGCCAAGAUGGUGUUGGAUGCAGGUGCCCAAUUUUUGACGGUACAUGGGAGAGUAAGAGAACAAAAGGGUCAAAAGACAGGAAUGGCAGACUGGGAGACUAUUAAGUAUCUAAGAGAUGAAUUACCUAAAGAAACCGUGUUUUUUGCUAAUGGGAAUGUUUUAUAUCCUGAAGACAUCUCACGUUGUAUGGAACACAUCGGUGCAGAUGCAGUGAUGAGCGCCGAGGGAAACCUUUACAAUCCCGGUGUUUUCAACGUGGAUAAAACUGAGGACAAGGACAAAACUUUCCCACGUGUAGAUAAGAUUAUCAGGGAAUAUUUCCAGAUAGUCAAAGAAUGUCAAGAAUCUAAGGCCUCCAGAACAGCAAUGAAGUCCCACUUUUUCAAAAUUCUCAGGCCUUUUCUACCGCAACACAUUGACAUCAGAUCAGAACUUGCCACUAUGAAUGCGAAAGCUUCCUGGGAAGAAUGGGAGGAAAAGAUUGUGAAACCUGUGGAAAGAGUCGUGCAAGAUAUAUUCGAACAGCCUGAUAUCGAACUGAAGGAUAAGAUUAUGGUUGGUGAAAAGCAGCCUUGGGGCGGUUCUUACAGAACUGUACCAUAUUGGAGGUGUCAGCCAUACUUCAGACCUGUUAAUGGUGUCACUGGUGAUAAACGAGUUAUGCAAGACCUAACAGACACAGACAUGAACAGGAAACGUAAAGCUGACGUUCUGCUGGAAUCUUCUGAUAAAAAGAAGGAUGUAAAAGUGUAG